AUGACCUCAAUAUUCUCCCAUCACUCCUCAAGGAACAGAGAGGAACAUCCAUCAAGAAGAGACGAAAACUACAUGCCGCGUCAUCCGGAACCCCCAUCAGACAUGGGACCUCCACGAUCUAGACAUGUAUAUGUCACAGAAGGGGAAGCCAAGACACGGAAUUUGCUCGACGGAGGUAACGACCCGAUGUUCAACCGCAACAGAAAAGACAUAUUCUUUGCCAUUCGGGACGAGUUGCCAACUCCACCUCCUACUGCCACCCCCUCUAAUUGUCGCAACUACUAUUUGUGGUGUGAUUACCACAAAGAAUAUGGCCAUACCUUGGGCCAAAGUCGCGAACUCAAGCGUAUCCUACAUCAGCUAGCCGACGAGGGGGAGCUAUCAAGGUUCAUCAAUCGAAAAGACUAUGGCACGAGAGGCGACGCGGAAAGAAGGCCUUGGAACCAGAAAAGAGACGAGGUUAGGCGUGAAAGUUCCAACACACAAGGAACCAUCAAUAUGAUUUUCGGCGGCUACACCGAGGAAUAUCCUACAAUCCGCGCCGCGAAAGACAGCGUCCAUACUCUGUUCAAAGGACCUCCAAAAACCACCUCAAGUGGGGCGAUCAUGAGAUUUGAUGCCACUACUUACCAACCGUUGCAACAACCACACACUGAUGCUUUAGUGGUUACCAUCAAGAUUGGGCAAAUGAUGGUAAGGCGAGUAUUGGUGAAUACCGGAAGUACGACCGAUCUUAUAACGAUAGAAUGCCUCAGGCAAAUGAAGUUCGAAGAAAAUCACUUACAGCCCCUCGAUAAACCCUUGAUCGGGUUCGGAGGAAAUCAAGUCAUAUCCCUGGGAACAAUUAUACUCCCUGUACGGGUGGGGGAGAAAGACAGAAGCAGAACAAUGCCCAUGCGAUUCACGGUGGUGGACCUGACAUUCCCUUAUAAUGCCAUCAUGGGACUCCUACUUAUCAAUAAAAUCAAAGCCGUAAUCUUCCCUCAUCAACUUUUAUUGCAAUUUGAACAAGACGACGGACAAGUAGGUAUGCUUAAGGGAGACCAGGUAAUGGCCCGCUAA